CCUUUGUGCAUUUAUGAUUUUUAAUCAUCUUUAAUCAUCGUCUUAAGGCAAAUGCAAAGACCCUCCACAAAGUUAAAGAGGGCUUUCUAAGAGCAAGCAAAACAACCAGCAUGUAGCAUAAGAUGUGACACUCUGUCUUAUUUACUGCUAAUAUUAUCCUUGACCAAUGCUGACCAUAGAGCUUGGAUGGUUCCCAGUGUCCUCUCAGGUAUCCAGAACUGCGACCUCUUGCCAGCUGUUUCUUUGCACAAAGGUGCAUUCACAGAGUGUAUGUAAUGUUUAGGAGUACUGAGUACUGUGAGUGUAAGCACUGAACAAGAAAGGGCAUGAUUCAGCACAGUCAGCUAGGCUAAUCUUUUAUGGCACCCUGGUUUGGUUUUAACUGAUAACCCAGCGGGAGUGAGCUACAUCUCAUGCAUGGUCUAUGUGUGUUGUUUUAGUCCACUCCCUGGCCCCAUCCAAGCUCAGGUGACCCCAGUGCGAUAAGAUAAAUCUUUGCUCUCUGUUGUUUGCUUCACCUCUGAUCUCUUGACACUCCACCUGGGGAGGUACAGUAUAUGGCCCUUAUAAAGAUGUGGUAGCUGACAGUUGACUACAUAACAGAGGAACAGAAGGACAUCUAGGACUUACUUCUUUCUUAGUGUACUGCAGUCAUGGCGUCUGGCUUUUUACAGUCCUCAUUGGGAGAAGUGUGGAUGCCUCGGAUAAUGCAUGGAGGUGAAGGAUCGCUGGACCGCCUUCUUCCCUCAGUAAGCACAGGGCUUUCACCCAGGAAAAGGACCACCAGCCAGUGUAAGUCUGAGCCGCCUCUGCUACGGACCUCCAAACGAACCAUCUACACUGCUGGUCGCCCACCCUGGUACAACGAACAUGGAACUCAGUCCAAAGAGGCCUUCGUGAUUGGUCUGUGUGGCGGCAGCGCUUCAGGAAAAACAACUGUGGCCAGAAAAAUAAUUGAAGCUCUAGAUGUUCCAUGGGUUGUACUACUUUCAAUGGACUCUUUUUACAAGGUCCUGUCCCAAGACCAGCAGAUCCUGGCUGCCAGUAAUGACUACAACUUCGACCACCCUGAUGCCUUCGACUUUGAUUUGCUGACACACACCCUACGCAAACUCAAACAGGGCAAGAGUGUGAAAAUUCCUGUGUAUGACUUCACAACUCAUGGGAGACAGAAGGAGUGGAAAACCGUGUAUGGAGCCAGUGUUAUCAUCUUUGAGGGGAUCAUGGCCUUUGCAGAUAAAGAGCUCUUGCAGCUGCUGGACAUGAAGAUCUUUGUGGACACAGACUCUGACAUCCGUUUGGUGCGUCGAUUGAGGAGGGACAUUACAGAAAGGGGCCGAGAUAUUGAAGGUGUCAUCAAACAGUACAACAAGUUUGUCAAGCCAGCCUUUGAGCAGUACAUCGAGCCCACCAUGCGCCUGGCUGAUAUUGUGGUGCCACGUGGUGGUGGCAACAUGGUUGCGAUAGAUUUGAUUGUGCAGCAUGUUCACAGUCAGCUGGAGGAGAGGAAACUUCGCUGGGAUAUGGCAGCCCUGGCUUCAGCACACCAGGCCCAACCCCUCCCCCAGACCCUCAGCGUUCUGGAGAGCACACCCCAAGUCAGGGGCAUGCACACCAUCAUCAGAAACAAGGAAACCAGCCGCGAUGAGUUCAUCUUCUACUCCAAGAGGUUGAUGCGUCUGUUGAUUGAGCGAGCCCUGUCCUUCCUCCCCUCACAGGUCCACAUAGUUCAGACCCCCCAGGGAGAGGAUUAUGAAGGCAGGACUUUCCACGGGAAGAGGAUCACAGGCGUGUCCAUCCUGAGAGCCGGGGAGACCAUGGAGCCGGCCCUGAGGGCUGUGUGCAAAGACGUUCGCAUCGGAAAGAUCCUCAUCCAGACCAACCAGGACACAGGAGAGCCAGAGCUUCAUUACCUGCGUCUACCGAAAGACAUCAGUGAAGAUCAUGUGAUUCUGAUGGACUGCACUGUGUCCACCGGUGCAGCUGCCAUGAUGGCUGUACGAGUCUUACUGGAUCACGACGUUCAGGAGGACAAGAUCCUGCUAGUUUCUUUGCUCAUGGCUGAAAUGGGAGUCCACUCAGUGGCCUACGCAUUCCCACAGGUCAAAAUCAUCACCACAGCUGUUGACAAGAAGGUCAAUGAUCUCUUUCACAUCAUACCUGGAAUAGGAAACUUCGGAGAUCGAUACUUUGGAACAGAUGCACCCCCUGACUGGAGUGAUGAAGAGAUGGAUGAGCCCAGCUACUGAUGAAAUUACUGGUAGUGCACUUACCUAUUGGGUGAUUCAGGACCGUGGCCUUGAGUGGACAAUAUGAGGACAUUCUCUUUGCCUCUGCCUGGCUAUAACAUUCAACCUUCAAGAUUGCCUUGAAACUGAAAACAGGAGAAAACAUCUCUAAUGUCACCUCGUGUUAAAUUUUAAAUUAAGUUAUUUUGUAUUGUGUAAAUGCUGUCAAGGAGAGAGCUGUGUUAAAAAAAAUUUUUUUUUAUUUGUACAGUAUGUUUUUCAGUCAUAAUGUUGUAUUUCAGCGCUUUAAUUGUGACAAUCUCUAUUGAAAUUUGCCGGCGUGUUGUUUUGAAAAGAUUUGUCGAGCCUUAAGCCGUGUACUGUGGACGACACAACUGAAUGUGAAUUUGCACGUGACGUAAAAGAAGAAAAAGUCAAGCUUUUAAGGUUAUUCUUUACCAAAUACCUUUCUCACAACUUUGACGAAACUAAAAUCAGAACAUGAACUCAUGUUGCUCAACUUCCAUCGCCAUGAGCGCUUUCUGAAGGACCAUUCAAUCGGAAAAUGUGUAGGUGUAUAUCUUUUUUUUUUUUUUAGCUCUCUGGUUCAGUCUUUUCCUUCAGUGUGGAUGCUGACCUAACCAGUUGAAAAGGAUGUUGAAAACUGUUUUUCAUUAUACAGCUUUAAGUAUGUGCUUGUGGUGUAUAUUUAUGCAGAAUAUCCUUCAUUUACAUACCUUUACUCUGAAUAGACCUGACCGGUCGGCCGGCAAGUCCUACAUCUUUUUGUUGCUGCAGAAAUGGGUCAUGUGCAUUUAACAAACACAGAUUAAGUGUUUAUUUCAGUCUCACAUGUCCUGAUUUACGCUUCUGUUUUUCAUGCAGUAGAAUGGGAGUGUUUAUUUUAAAAAAGGGCUGUUGAGUUGUGGACACAAACUCAAAAUAUCCACAGGUCAGAGAGUAUCCUGAUCGUGUCUGAUCUUUUUACGUGGCGGCAAUAUUGAAAUGAAUGUGAUACAUCUGUUAAAGCUUGUGCCUAUUUGAGAUUGCCUCGUUCUUUGUUGGAAAAUGUUUGCCAGACACGAGGUUGCACUCCACAAUAUUCAUCCUUGUCAGUAUUUGAACUCAUGAGACAAGUUGCUUAUAAAGUUCACUUUGAUAUCAUGAUAUAUUCUUUUCUAUGAGUUCACAGCUAGUUAUCAUUGUAUGUUUUUUCUUUUUUUUGAGAAAAGGAAAUGCACACCAUCAAGGGAAAAAAAACCAUGAAGUCAGUUUGUAAUGGAAAUCGCUGCAUCCUGUCAUUACUUUUAGUCACCUGUUACUGUAGAGUCGGUGCUUACUGCUGGAUUCAGUGUUGAGGAAGUCAUUCUGUGCAGAAAUCAACUGAUUGUGUUUGCAGCCUCAUUGUUUGACUGCAUGCUGUUUUUGGCUUUACCAAUUCUGCAUGUUUUUUAUAUAUAUAUUUAAUAAAAGUGCAAUAGAGAUUUUCA